AUUUGUGUUAUUUAGAUGACAGCUGCACAGACUCGGGUCAGUGAGAGAAGCUGCCUACUAACUGAGUAGAGCUCAGGAGCUCCCAGAGGCUAGGAACGUUGCUCCACACCGUGGACAAAAUGGAGAAGCCUGUGUUACUUAGCCAGUCAUCAACAUUGCCCUUCUAUGAUACAUCUCAUGCUUUGAACUUGUUACGUGGUAUUCAUGAGCUGCGGGCAGAGCAGAAAUUUUUUGAUGUGACAUUGUCGGUGGAAGGCAAAGAGUUUCGCUGCCACCGAACCGUGCUAGCUGCAGCCAGUACCUACUUCAGAGCUAUGUUUGCUGGCACACUACGUGAAAGUGCCAUGGACCGUGUGGAGCUCCAUGAAGUAUCUGCAGAACUCUUGGGGCUCCUAGUGGACUUCUGCUACACUGGACGGGUGACAGUAAGCCAUGAAAAUGUGGACGUUUUGCUAAAGGCUGCAGACCUGUUCCAAUUUCCCUCUGUAAAAGAAGCCUGCUGUGCAUUCCUAGAACUACAGCUUGAUGUGUCUAAUUGCCUGGAUAUUCAGGACUUUGCUGAGGCAUAUGCAUGCCGUGGUCUGGCAGAAAGUGCUCAGCGUUUCAUCUUGAAGAAUAUUGUGGAGCUGGCAAAGGGUAAAGAAUUUGAGAAACUACCUAGAAAGCGUAUACUUGAGUACCUGUCAGAUGACCGACUCUGUGUGGACAAAGAGGAAACCGCUUACCAGAUUGCUGUGCGCUGGGUCAAGGCGGACAUCCCCCACAGACUUCACUUUUGGCCUGAACUUUUCCAGCAUAUUAGGCUGCCAUUUAUCCGAAGAUUCUACCUUCUAGCACAUGUGGAGAGUGAUCCACUGGUCUACUUGUCACCUUACUGCUUACAGCUGGUCAGUGAAGCUCGCACAUUUCAGUCAGCAGAAUAUGACCGACACGAUCAUCCAUGUGAGCGCAUGCAACCGCGUCCCUCAACUGGAUUGGCAGAAAUAUUAGUGGUCAUCGGGGGCUGUGAUCAAGACUGUGAUGAACUUGUCACAGUUGACUGUUUCAAUCCACAGACUGGACAGUGGAGGUAUUUGGCAGAGUUUCCAGACCAUUUGGGUGGAGGAUACAGCAUCACGGCUCUAGGAAAUGACAUUUAUGUUACAGGUGGUUCCGAUGGCUCUCGACUCUACGACGGAGUAUGGCGCUACAAUUCAAGUGUAAAUGAAUGGACGGAAGUGUCGCCCAUGCUAAAAGCUCGAGAGUACCAUACUUCUUGUGUGUUGAGGGGCCAAUUAUAUGUGGUUGCUUCGGACAGCACAGAGAGAUAUGAUCAUUCCCUAGACACGUGGGAGGCACUGCGGCCUAUGCUGCAUCCCAUGGACAAUUGCUCUACCACUGCUUGCCAGGGCAAACUCUAUGCCAUUGGAUCUCUGGCUGGAGAAGAGACUAUGGUGGUUCAGUGCUAUGACCCAGAGACUGAUCAAUGGUCCUUGGUGAACUGUGGACAGCUGCCACCAUGGUCCUUUGCACCAAAGACUGUGACUUUAAAUGGCUGUAUCUAUUUUGUCAGGGAUGAUUCAGCAGAAGUGGACACUUACAAUCCCGUCAAGAACCAGUGGGGGAAGAUACCACCCAUGAAACAGGUGCACGUAGGUGGCAGUGUAGCCGCUCUGGGUGGAAAGCUGUUUGUUUCCGGGGGUUACGACAACACUUUCGAACUGUCAGAUGUGGUGGAAGCCUAUGAUCCAAUUUCUCACACAUGGACCCAUGCAGCCCGGCUUCCUCAGCCUACUUUCUGGCAUGGUAGUGUCAGCAUUUUCCGUCAAUUCAUGCCACUUGUGGCCAGCGGCUUUGAGUCCGUUCUAGACCAUGGCAGUCGAGGCAUACAGUUAAACAGAAACCACCUGAAUCGUGCCCAGUAGCCUGCAAGCUGCGUCUGCAUCUUCAGCCAUGUGGAACUUUUAUCUCCGGCUGGAAAGUGGCAUCUCAAGCGACUCACCUUUCCAUUAAGCUGUCUUGACAUUUGCUGCUGAGCUUUAUUGAACUUCUACAGUAGUAAUAUUUAAGGCAUUAUUUAUGUAUUUAAGGGUAGUAUGGAGCCUAAUAUUGGCUGUGCUUACUGUUAAAUCAUUUUGUUUUUGAGCUUUCAUGGCUGCUAUAGAUAACUGGUUUAAAUUGUUUUCCACCACGGAAAGUUCUGCCUUCAAUGACACCUUUUGUCCCAUAUCUGCUCCUUCUUUCACUGGAGCAUCUAUCAGUUGUGUCUUAUUUAACCCUUAACUACUUGCACCAUGUCCUUUAUGCACCAGUGUUUAAAAUGGCUAUUUAUAUGCAUGCUGUGAGGUUGUAAUAUAAAAUAGUACAAUCAUUUUAAAUUGUACACGAUUUUAA